GGCUGCGCCGCGCGCCGCGGAUGGCGGGGGGCGGUAGCCGGGCUGGGGCGCUGCGUCCCCGGGAACCCCGCCGGCCGCAGGGCGGCCCGGCGCAACCCGCUCCGGCGGCGGUUCGGGGUCACCCGGCGGCGCUAGGCCUCGUCACCCUCCUGAGCUUCGCCUCCCGGUUCCACCGCCUGCCGGAGCCGCCGCACGUCUGUUGGGAUGAAACUCAUUUUGGGAAGAUGGGAAGUUACUACAUUAAUAGGACCUUCUUCUUUGAUGUCCACCCCCCUUUGGGGAAGAUGCUGAUUGGACUUGCUGGCUACCUUAGUGGAUAUGAUGGUACAUUUCCUUUCCAAAAGCCUGGGGACAGAUAUGAACAGCACAACUAUGUGGGAAUGAGAGGGUUCUGUGCAUUCCUUGGCUCCUGCCUGGUUCCUUUUGCCUACCUUACAGUGUUGGAACUGUCAAAAUCGCUACCAGCAGCUUUACUCACAGCUUUCAUCCUUAUUUUUGAUACAGGCUGUAUUACUUUGUCCAAAUAUAUUCUGCUGGACCCCAUUCUAAUGUUCUUCCUCAUGGGAGCUGUUCUGAGUAUGGUGAAAUGUAACAGCUGUGCAGACAGGCCAUUUUCUGCCUCCUGGUGGCUCUGGCUGAGUCUGACUGGCAUGAACCUUGCUGGAGCAAUGGGGGUAAAAUUUGUUGGCCUUUUCAUAGUCCUCUUGGUUGGCCUGAACACAGUCUGUGACCUAUGGGGCUUGCUGGGGGACCUCAGCUUGUCACUGGUCAUGUUUGGGAAGCAUUUACUGGCUCGCGUACUCUGCCUCAUCCUGCUCCCGCUUGCCCUCUACACGGCUAUGUUUGCUGUUCAUUUUACAGUAUUAAAUAAAAGUGGUCCUGGGGAUGGUUUCUUCAGUUCAGCAUUUCAGUCUCAGCUGAUUGGGAACAAUCUUCAUAAUGUCUCCAUUCCAGAGUACUUGGCAUACGGGUCUGUGGUCACAAUGAAGAACCUUCGGAUGGCAGGGGGAUACCUUCACUCCCACUGGCACCUGUACCCGGAGGGCAUAGGGGCUCGCCAGCAGCAGGUCACUGCCUACCUACAUAAAGAUUUGAAUAACCUGUGGAUUAUAAAGAAACAUAAUUCAGAUACAGCAGAUCUGUCAGACCCCUCGAGCCCUGUGGAGUUUGUGAGACACGGAGAUAUUAUUCGUCUGGAGCAUAAAGAAACUUCUAGAAAUCUUCACAGUCACCAGCAUGAGGCUCCCCUGACAAGGAAGCAUUUUCAGGUCACUGGCUAUGGAAUAAAUGGAACAGGAGACUCCAAUGAUUUCUGGCGGAUUGAAGUGGUGGGCAGAAAGACUGGGAAGCUCAUCAAGGUUCUACGGAGUCAGGUCCGACUAACCCACGUGGCCACAGGGUGCAUAUUGGGCUCUUCUGGAAAGACUCUACCAAAAUGGGGCUGGGAACAAGUAGAAGUCACCUGCACACCAUAUCUGAAGGAGAGUCCCAAUUCCCUCUGGAACUUUGAAGAUCAUAUCAACCCUAAAUUGCCCAAUAUCAGCCUGGAUGUUUUGAAGCCCUCUUUUGCAGAAAUUCUGCUAGAAUCUCACAUGGUUAUGAUCCGGGGAAACAGUGGUCUCAAACCAAAGGACAAUGAGGUUACAUCCAAACCUUGGCACUGGCCCAUCAACUACCAGGGCCUGCGUUUUUCUGGUGUCAAUGAGACUGAUUAUCGGGUUUAUUUGCUGGGAAACCCGGUGAUUUGGUGGCUAAAUCUGGUCACUAUUGGGUUAUAUCUUCUGAUAGCAGUUUCCACUGCAGUGGUCCUGAAGAGAGGUGUCCAGCUGACAUCUGAACUAAAAGAGCUGUCCAGAGUCGUGCUGUGUGGUGGAGGGCAGAUCAUGCUGGGCUGGCUCCUUCAUUACCUCCCUUUUUUUAUGAUGGGCCGCGUUCUCUACUUUCACCACUACUUUCCUGCCAUGCUUUUUUCCAGCAUGUUGACAGGAAUCACCUGGGACACACUACUGAAGUUCUGUGCUGGGUACUUGUCACCCAGCACUACAGCUAGAAGAGUAUAUGAAGGGGGUUUCCUGGCAUUGGUUCUGCUCAUUGUGUACAGCUUCUACCUCUUCCAUCCUCUGUCCUACGGGAUGGUAGGACCCAUGGCCUCCGACCCUAGCAGCCCCAUGGCAGGGCUCCGGUGGAUGGACUCCUGGGAGUUCUAGAGCCAGCAAAGGGAUCCUGGGAAGAGCGGAUGAGAAACCUGAGAUCUGCUGCAUGUCAGGUUGAUUCUGAUGCAUUGGAGACAUGUGGCUGUAAAAUGCCCUCUCUGGAGAACCCUGGGUAUAAUAGCCCUAUUGCUUUGGCAUUUGUUUGCACUGCCUGCGUUGGAAGAUGCGUUGGAAGAGGAUGACCCUGAGAAGGUCCCUUUAAAUAAAAGACUCAUGUCAUGAAUUCUUAGGCUAUACUCCUGGACAAGUAGCUGCUUAAAUAUCAAGUCUUUUAAGCAAUAUAUGUCAGUGAAACAGCAGUGGUAUUCCAGCAGUCAGACCAAGUUGGAGGCUGUAUGUAAGCUGCAGGUUCACGUGUGUGUGUGUUUGUGUGUCUUCCUUCUGGUAAUCUAAGCAUCAUUGCAGUUUGAGAGCCAGACGGUGUCUGAGACAUUAGGACUUUUACCAUGAUUAACCACCUUUCUUAUGGUGAGGUUUUUGAAAGCAUCCUGUGAGUAUCUGGGAACCUCCAUUCUACCCUGCCCUUGGCUGUCUGUGUGUGUUUGUUCUCACUCUGAAUGUUUAGACUUUGACUGAAAGGGGUCUGCUUGAAAUCUCCUGAGCCACCGUGCCUUGCCUGUUUCUCAGGCCUUCUGCAGAUAGAGGAGAUGGAGAUCGUUUAUCCCUGUAUACUGCCUUGCUUUCCGGUCACCUGUAAGCAUUUGUGACUAUUGCCUAGCAGGCCUGCACUCAGAGCCAGAUUUUUCCAGCUUAGUGUUUUGUGGCUUCUUUGUAGUUCUGUCUGAAACUGCUAAGGAGGUAGAAUGAAAAUAGCAGGCAAUUGUAUGCUGUGAGGACCAGCUUCUUGGGGUGUACUAGAGACUGAAAUGAUAGCUUGGGAAUUUUACAGACAGCUGUCAUUCUUGCUUUGAUCCCUGCUAUUCCAGUGCCUGUACCUGUGCUUUUAGGGGAAGGUUUGAUCUUAAUGAAUGUGACACCUGCAAAACUGGCUGUCAGUGCCACGAUAUCUGCGGACUAUGUUCCAGCAAGUUCCCUCUUGUAGGUGACUGGCCAUCAAGUUACUGCAUUGAAGAAAAUGUGUGGCUGGGCAAAAAUUCUUUGUCUGCUAAGAGUCAAGAGCCACUGGAUGAUGAAUCCACCCCUUCCAAGCAAAUGGAAUACUAUUUAUCAGUAUUUCUUUCUCCUGUGUUAGGUCUGUUUUUAUAAAAGUUCCUUUUAUUCUAUGUUCUACUCUUCACGGAAUUUCAGUUUCUUGUCACAGUUGAAGGUUGCUACCUUGUAGCAUCCAACACCAAUGACACUUCCUGUCUCAAGUAGUACUAUUUGCAAAACUCUUUUGUGUAUGUUUCAAGAAAAUCAAGCUUUUUCAUUUCAGAGUUCUUGCUCUGCUUCUCGGCCUUGCAUCAAAAUUACAGGUACAGGGAGAGCAGCAGUUGAGUGUGUCCUUUCUCUUACCAAACAUGAAUUGUGCUUUCUCUUACCAAACCUUGAAUUCUAAUGUAUUUCCUACAACACAGAAGAGCUGUGUUAGCAUAAUUGUUCUGUAGGGGGAACUGAGGCUCUAGUCAGACUCGCUUUCGUUCGUCUUUAGUAGAGGUCCAUAGCAUUGUUCAGUGAGACAGCUGCUUGCUGUUGUAAGGCUCUGGCUUGGUGUGUCACAUCUCUCUCUAGAAGCUGACUCCUGUAGACACUGACUCAGGUGGUAUGGACCUAUGCUUUUGAUUCUAAAGGUUUUGAGUUUACUACAUGCUGGUAAUACAUGAUGGGAAGUCAUUGCACUAAUUAGCUGCUGGGUUUGAUGAUGCUUUUCCACUUGCUAUUGCAGAAUGUCCUCCACCUGCAUGAACCAGGGGUUCACAGAGGUGAUAAAUAGGCAAGAAGGAUGAGGGAGAAGGCUGCAAAGGUCUUCAGGUUCUGCUUGAUUUGACAGCAGCUGCAAAUUGUUAACUGUUGGCAACAUGGCAGGCAGACAGUGCAGUGCUGCCUUUAAGGUAGCAGUGUGAUUCAGCAUCUUUUGCCAUUGUUGAGAAUGUCUGCUUAAUACCUUGCUAUUCUGAGUAUGAGCUUUCCCUAAGGUAGUCCAUCGCCAUGGGGAGGAUUUGCCAGAAGAGCUGAUAAAAGCCAUUAUUUAAAGCAUAGGGUUCUUCUCAGUACAUACAAUCACACACUUACCCUUAACACUAAUAACUAAGAAUAUUAAGAAACUUGUGAGUGCAUUGGAGUGACAGUUUCUAACACUCUUUAUUUAUCAAAUUAAAUCUGUGGGAAAGUAAAGAUCAACUCAGCAACCUAGGUUACUUCAGUUAUUAUGAAGGGGUCAGAUUUGUAGGAGCUGCCUGAGGAAGAUGAGCCAGGGGCUUCCUUGGCCAAGGUCCCUCUGUCCUUUGUUGUUAAUAAUCUUCUGGGUUGGGAUUGGCCAGCUGAAGGUUGCAAAUGUCAUGCUCCCAUCCCACCUUCCUGUGCACAAGCCCAGCUUCUGUUUCAAUACAGACAAAGGUUUAUUUUUCGUUUAGGACCACCAUUUCAGAAAUUCUCUGAGAGCAUUUGAAUGGCAUUGAGACGAAUCUGUUUCUUAGGCUUUGUGUGCUGGUAAUGGGAUGGAGGUGUACUGUGAAAAAAAUCUAGCUAUUCCACAAGAGAGAGCAACCUCCAGCACAAUAUUUUUAUUUUUUUUUUUUUAAUCUGGAGUUAAGAAUAUUAAAAGGUCUACAUUUGAAGACUGGGGGCAGACAUUUCCUCUGCACCCUCUGGACUCCCAAGAGUUGGGUUUUCAAGUAAGUGUCAAUUGAUGUUGCUCUGGUUUUUUUGGGUUUUUUUUCCAGGAGAAAAAUACUGAAAAAAAUAUUUUAGUUAGAAUUUGACCUUCAAUAUUUGUUUAUGAAACCAAAAUCUGUCAGGCUAUAGCUGGAACAUAAAGUAAUCAGUAUUUUGUGAGGUCAAUAGAAUAAUUGGGAUUCCCUUACUGACUCUGGCUUAAACAUUCUGAGUGGCGCAAAUGUGAGCCAAUGGGUGCAGGGCACUCUGCUUUUUGAAUGGAAUUUUGGCUGCUUCAGUUCAGUUUUUCCACUUGUGCUUGUAGAAUUAGUUCAGGUUCGUUUUGAGGACCGCUUAUUAGUCCUCUUCCCCAGUCCUGUGGAAAAUAUCUAAUGGCACUUUCUGAGGCCAGAAGAUGCUUUUCUCUGGAGCAGCUGCUCUCUUUGAACUUUGCUUGACAGAGCUCAUUUUAUCAGUGGCAAAGUAUUUCAUCAAACUGUAUGAUUCAAAACACAAAAAGCUGCAGGCUGCCACGUUAGCUGCUUCAAAUUCUUUCUUAUGCAUAAACUCUGUUUUCACCUCUUCAGGUUUUUUGAGGCUAGGUAGAAGGCCUCCAGGCUCUUAUAGCUUCAUCCUAGACCAUCCAUCCAUCUUAAAAGGUUUCUGUUAAGUCACUUCAGGACAUACUUAUUCAGGCAGCAGGGACUGGCCUGUUUGCAGAACUGAGACACAGAUGUGACUGUGAGGAAGAUUUGAAUGGAGACUCCUGUGCUAAGGUUGCCUUUGGUCCAGGUGGAGGACUUUCGUGUCGUGCACUGCUUACCUGCGGGCUGAGGAGCCACCUUUAUUCUCUCACCUGUAGAGAGUUUUCUUUUUGCAUCUUGAUUGGAAGGGCUUAUUGAUUCACAAAGGACAUUGACAGGAUCUACCUUUUUGAAUAUCCCUCCUUCUUCUGCUUCUUCAGGUGUUCCCAAAGUACAGGACAUGUCUGCUUCUUAUCCAUUUCUUAUGGGUGCCUGAUUAGGGGGUAGGACAGGCCACCUCGCCUGAGUGGAUGAAUACCUGUCACAUGCACUGAGAGCAAAACCAUAACCUUGUUAUGGAAAGGUUAACAAAUGUGUUAUUUGACAAGUCACUCCUGUCUGUCCUGGAUCCCUCUGAGAAUCAUUUUCAACAUGGAAAAACAGGCAUUUACCUGAAAAUCUUCAUUGCCACGUUUAACAGUUUCCCUUCCAGAGGCUGUGCCUGUGUGGUUUUCCUUCUGGGUGGGCACUCUGUGCACCAGUACCGUUUUAACACUGUUUCCUCCACUCAGGAUGCUGCUGGCAAUGUGAAAAACUCCUUAGCGGUGCCCUGUGCCUCUGCCAGCUGAGGAAUAUAGGUAAGAUUUUUUUCCCCUUUAUAGCAAGUGACCCCACACACUGGCAAGCAUGUGUCAUGAAAGCAAAAAUGUGUGGACUGUUAGAACAUCAUAAGGCUCUUUCCUGCUGGGCGAGGAAGGCUGAGGAUAAGAACACCACCUCCAUAGCUCUCUUCAGGGUGCUGUGGGCUGCAGGCAGUCAGGACUGAAAACUGGCUCUGUCUUCUUUAAAGUACUGAGACCUUGGUUGCGUGAUUGGUUGUGAGUUGAUUUACUUUUUAAAAUCCUUUAUGCUCUUUACUUGAAUGUCAAGGGCUAUGAUUGUCACAAAUAAUAUCUGAGAUAGGAGACAUACUAGCAUAGAAAACACUCUUGCUGAGUUUGUAAUUGGUCCUAAAACUUUGCCAAGUGAGUUUGUGUUUUACAAGAGGCACUGGAGAACUUGCCUUUGAUUGCGCAAGAGUUUUGGAGCAGCAGUGAGAGAGGCUCUUUUGUAAUUCUGUUCUAUAUGCUGAACCUUUCUUACUAAUGCUGUGUGUGCGUGUGCAUGCAUGUGCGUCUGUCCAUGCACUGAAUGUCUUCUAACUAAGGUGUAAUUUCUGCACCAUACAGUGUAGAUGGGAGAAUAUUCCCUUGCGCUAAAAAUGUAUUUUGUACACAAGAUCAUGAAAAAAGAGGUAGAAUUUGGAAUUUAAUUUUGUAAUAAAUAUCUGUUCUUUCAAGCAUUUUAUUUGUGUCUAAAUGGUGGGGUGUUUUUUUUCCCCUUUCCUCUCUCCCUCACAUGCACACUUGAAGUAGCAACAUGAACUUUAAACGGGCCGAUUGGAGGAUUUGAUCUCAGGCAACGGUGAUUUACAUCAGCUUUUAGCACACAAAUGUUGCUGAACUGCAGUUCUAGGAGGGCAGGUUUUACUGCAGUCCAAGCGAUGUGCUGAUAAGCACAGCGGGAAUUGAAACAGGUACAUUUGGAUAAGAAUAAAGUCUGUUGAAACACGUUUAAAGAUGUGUUAAAUUGUAAAUACGUAUAAUACAUCAGAUUUAAUGGGUAUAUUCAUCAAGCUUCUGGUAGAUUGCUUAUGAACACUUCGUUUGACAGAUGGAGCACUUUGUUCAGGCACCCAACAUUUUUCUGUAAGUCAUAUAAUAAAACUGGAAUGCUGUAAAUCAGAAUCUGGCUCUGCUUCAGGCGGUAGUGGUAGGGCAGCGUACACUUCUGAGUUCAAUAUGAUAAAGUAUUGCCAUCCUUGGGGUGGAAUUGUUACUAGAUGGGGAAAAACAAAAUUCAGCCUUCUUGUCUGGGGCUACACGUUGCUGCCCAGAUCAGAGCCAAUGUCUGUUUAGACAUGUUCGGAGGGCUGCUAAAGCCAGGACAGCUAGAAGCUGGUCUGUGGCCUGUGUGAGGUGAUACAGCAGGCCCAUAGAUGUAGAUGAAAAGCCUAGUGACAUCUUGUAUUGCUUCAGAAUGUACAGGUUGGUCUUUGGAUAUAUUUGAUCAAGGCUGUCCUUCUGGAAGGAAGGACUGCUCAUAUAGAAGUGUGCUAGAGUGCAAGGAGACAACUAUAAGGAAAAGGCUUGAAGCAUUGUUCAGAAAAUGCUGACAAUAUCUGAAAUAAAACUUAGCUUCUCACUGUCCUCAAAAGGAAGAAUAGCUUCUUUCUGCAGGUAAGUGAUCUCACAUGGGUGGGCACUGGUGACUGUUUCCAUUUUGCAUUUGUUUUGCAUCUGUGAGGUUUCUAGGCUUCUAAAUUCCAACGGUUGUCUCAUUAUAUGAUCCUCAACAAGAAUAAGGCUUUUUUUAUAACCUAGUGUUUGAAUGUAGAGUUUGUGAUCUGUCUUCAAGCUGCUGGUUGAUCUUUUUGCUAACCGAAGAGCAAGUUGCUUUCUUCAGCCUUCAAGUCUCCUGUGCCUC